UCGUUAGAUGAAACCGCAGCGGCCUCUCGUGGCUUCCUCACUAAACUGACGCUCGUGCUGCGUCAAGAUACAGAGGCGGUUGUCUCGUGCGAACGCACCGCGAGGACGGUAUCGAUACCACGAGCCGAAAUCAGUUUGAGGGUCUCACUAUCAGCACUAUCUCACUAUCAGCACUAUCUCACUAUCUGCGCUGUUCAUUUGGAAAUGGCGACAGAAACGACUUCUCAGUGGAAAACAACAGUUAUCGUGAGCACAUCACUCCAGAACCAUGAUACAACCAGGAUGCUCAGCGCGCAGCUGCACCGAAUCAGGUUUUCAGACAGUGUUGAGUCCGGAGCGUUUAUAUUUCCUCUGUCAGGUACUGCAUUUCUGUUGGUUGACCCUGAAGACGUCCCAGGGGGUUUUGAGGAAUCUGGACUCAUUGAGAGGAUAAAGAAGUUUGUGCAAGUACACCGGAACAGCUUUCUACUUCUGCACGCCCCAUUCAAUGGGACAAAGGAACUGGAAAUAUUGACUUUGAUUCAACAAAGAUUCUUUGGCAGCAACCUCCGGAUCCUGCCUGUGCGAAACAACACUGAGAUUGUCCAGGGAAUGUUGACAAUUGCAAAGGCCACCAGUAAGCCCCUUGUAGAGAGCAUCCGGGACCGGAUGUCUCUGGCUCGGGCUCACGUCAUUGAGAGCAGUCCUGUGUGGGAAAUGCUAAGAGACAUUCUGUAAAGCUCAGCAGGUGAUCCAGCAUGUUUUCACAAACACCUCUGUUGCUUUUAUUUGAUGAAAACCCGUACAAGCCUUACUUGUUGAAUACAAAAAGCAAUAAUAUAGUAGCACAGUUUGUUAAAUUUUGAACAACAACUUUGCCAUAGAAAAAAUCACACUUUAUUUAUUAAAUGCAAUGUUUUUUAUCAGUAAAACAGCAAAUAAAAUAAAACACUGUUUAG